AUGUACGGCCAGGAUCCGAGAAGCGUUUCUAAGAUACACCCGCAUCUAAUCUUAUCAGAUCAUCAUCCGCCAAACAACCACAGCAACUCCACACGCCCCAACCUCUCGCCUGAGACAGAAGAGCACUUUCACCGACUCGCAGAGGCCUUUCACUUCAGCCGAUGGUUCUAUCUGACGUACCAGCCGGUCGUCAUCGGCGUGGUUCUGGUGGUAGUGGUAUGGAGAUGGCAGAGCAGAAAAGCACGAUCGCGCAGGAGAGGGAAGAGGAGGACGGAUGAGAAAUCGUGGAAAAGAGAAGGAAAUGAAACGCCGAGACCAAGGAAAGAUGAGGUUGCCGCUGAGAAUGGAGAAGCGUCGUCGUCGUCGAGUUCGUCGAGUAGCACACGAGAGGGCAAUGCAACUCCGCCAACUGCGGAUAAGGACAAGACAUCAGACGAAUGGACAAGGCUGCUAGAGGAAGAACGCAACGACCUAGCAGAGGACAAGACCGGCCUAUGGCAAGCAGUAAUCCGCUGGACGAAAUACUGGCUGACAUACCAACCCGCACCUAUACCUAUCGUUCGCAAGAUCCUCCCACCCAACACAACCUCCCUCUGGAUCACCACCCUCUUCAUCCUCAACAUCUUCUACCUCCUCUUCAACAUCGGCAUCUCCCGCUCUACCCAAGACAUCCUCGCCGACCGCGCCGGCCUCCUCUUCACCGCGAACCUUCCAUGGCUGUACGUCCUCGCCGCGAAAACGCAACCUCUCAAACUCCUCACAGGCGAUUCGUAUGAGAAUCUCAACAUGCUCCACCGCCGGCUAGGCGAAUGGAUGUGUUUGCUCGCCUUUUUACACCUGGCGGGCAUGAUAUGGGGCUGGUACGAUUUCCUGCAGCAGAACCUCAGCCUGGUGGCGUUCUUGACGAUUCCCUAUAUUCUCUGGGGUUGUGGGGCGUGGGUUGCGUAUGAGGUGCUAUAUGUGAUGAGUUUGGGGAGUUUUCGGGAGUGGUGGUAUGAGGUGUUUCUUGGGAGUCAUGUGCUAUUGCAGGCGGGCGGGUUGGUCCUGCUCUGGUUGCAUCAUUUCCGGGCGAGGCCUUUUGUGUUCGUUUGCGCGGUUAUAUUUGUGCUGGAUCGGUUUGCGUGGAGGUUAGGGGUUAAGGGGUGUGUUGUGCAGGCGGAGUUGAAAGUCCUCGAGGAUGGCGAGACGGUGCUUGUUUCUGCGGACUGGCCUGUCUUGACGAAACGACGUGCUGCAGUCUGGUGGAGACGUGUGUUCGGGUGGGACAUGAGAUAUGGCUGGAAUCCUUCUGAGCACGUCUUCAUCAGCGUGCCGGGCAUGGGAAGGAAGUACAAGUACCAAUUCCACCCGAUGACGAUCGCUUCAGCGGCCCCGGCACCUGGACAGACACAUGCGUGGUUCAACCUGAUCAUACGCGCAAAAGGCGGAUUCUCGAGAGAUCUUCUACACUACGCCCAAACAACCUCAACAACGCGGAUCCGCCUCGACGGUCCUUAUGGCUCCCUCCAUGCCCUGGAAAUGCUCCACGACAGCGACAUCUCCAUUAUCGUCGCAGGCGGCUCCGGAAUCGCAGUCGCCUACCCUCUCCUUUGGUCUCUCCUCCACCACAACUCCCCCCUAGACGACGGGCCCGAGCCACCCCUUCCCCGCAAACAGCAAGCCUGCCUCAUCUGGAUCAUUCAAGACGCCUCCCACAUCUCCUGGAUCGGCGCCGAGCGGCUCGAGGAAUUGAAGGAACUUGGUCUGCACCUGAUCGUACCGCCCGCGAGUCGGAAGUAUGGUCGGCCGGAUGUUAAGGGGCUGUUGGAAGAGAAGGUCGAGGAGCUGAGGGGUGCGGAUGAGAGGGUUGGGGUUAUUGUUUCGGGGCCGGAUGGGUUGAAUCGGAUGGUGCAGAAUUGUUGUGCGGGGCUGGGGAGGAGGGGCGUGGAUGUUGAGGUUGCGGUGGAGAAGUUUGGGUGGUGA